AUGUCAUGUUCCGCAGUUUUGUCGUGUUCAGUGGAGAACAAUUCUGUGAGCUGGCACUCGCUCACGGGCAGGUUCUUUUUGUGGGUCAUUAUGCAAGACAUGAUAUCCCAUACUACUACAGAGGAGGGCUUUCGGGAGAGGGUCGGGGAGCGAGGGAUGGUCGUUGUGUGGGCCCCAGAACAAGAGGUUUUGUCCCAUGCGUUGGUCGGGUGCUUCGUGAGCCACUGCUGGUGGAACUCUACGGUCGAAGGGGUUUCAAGUGGGGUGCUGUUUGUGUGUUGGUCGUGUUUCACGGAGCAGUUUGCGAACGAGGCGUACAUUUGUGACGAGUGGAAGAUUGGAUUGAGGUUGAGGAAAGAUGAGAGUGGGAUUAUUCGGCAUGGAGAGGACAAAUUGGAAAGGGUUUUGGGUGAUGAGGGGUUUAAGGAAAGAGUGGCGAGUAUUAAGGCGAAAGUGUUGGAAAGUGCUGGGGAAGGGAACUCUUACAAUAAUUUGAUGAGGUUUAUAGAGUGGAUUAAGGAAACAUAG